AUGGGGCGAAUGCAACAAAGGCGUUCGAGGGUAGCAAUCGCCACGGUGGUGCUCACCUUCUUCUUGUACGGAUACUGGACGCAGUCGAGUGUCCCUGGUGCUCCUGGCUCGGUCACGUGGCAAUCGUACCAACCCAGCGAAGCGCAAGCAACUUUAGAAAGUCCUGCUAUUAGCUCUCCAGCAACGGCAUCUGAUAUACCACCGGCUGCGACUCCUCAAACUUCCACUCCGAGUGAUGAAGCGAUUACGACGCCGGUGAAGCAAGAGCCAAUACCCGCGGCCUCUCCACCACGACCAGGAAAAAAACCAAAGAAAGAUUGCAUCGGCUACGAAGCUUUACAGCGAUCGAAACCCGAACCAUUAUCUGAAGGAUCACGCAAGUUCCCAAAUUCUCGACCUGAGCCAGAAUGUCGUACUUUCAAUUUGCCAGAAAUGGAGAGGCUCAUCGAGAAGAUGAAAGGACUUAUCAAGGACCCCGACUUAUUCAGACUAUUCGAGAACACCUAUCCGAACACGCUUGACACAAUGAUCAAGUGGCGAGGUUUCGCGAAUGCUAUUGAAGGCGUAGAAGACGUAAUAACAGACGAGGAGCUGACCUAUGUUAUCACGGGUGAUAUCGAUGCUAUGUGGUUACGGGAUUCCGCAUCACAGAUACUGGUCUACCUACCAAUUCUCGAAGCCAACUCAGACCCUAACUCGCUGGCAAGUAUAUGGCGAGGUCUGAUCAACAUACACGCUCGAUAUAUCCAAAUAUCGCCUUAUUGUCACAGUUUCCAGCCGCCACCAGAAUCCGGUAUCAGUCCUACGAAAAACGGGGCAUACGCGCAAAACCAUCCGAAGCCUGGUUAUGAUCCGAGCCUUGUCUUUGAUUGUAAAUGGGAGCUUGAUUCGUUGGCGUCUUUUCUGCAGAUAUCGACUGCUUACUACGAACGUACAAAAGACCUGGAAUUCUUCAAGAAGUACAGUUGGUUGCCCGCAGUCAAAGCUGCAGUAAAUGCUGCGGGUGCGAUGAGGUUAGGAACCUACUCAAAAGAGGGGAAAGUCGAGGCUUCCGCCUGGACUUUCACCGGAUGGACCAAUCGUGGCACCGAAACACUCAGCAAUGACGGGCUUGGUAAUCCCACUAAGGAGAAUGGAAUGGUCCGCACUGCUUUCCGACCUUCAGACGAUGCCUGUAUCUACCAACUUCUCGUGCCUGCCAACAUGAUGUGGGCUAAAUAUCUCGAGGAAGCCUCCCUGAUCAUGGAGAAGCUGGACGGUGACGAGGCGAAGAAUAUUACAGCGGAUAUGCGAGACCAGGCUUUCGGUAUCCGGGAAGGGAUCGAUAAGGACGCGAUCGUCCACCACCGCGAUUUUGGCGAUAUCUUCGCCUAUGAGAUUGACGGCUAUGGAGGAACAAAUCUCAUGGAUGACGCCAAUGUGCCUUCAUUACUGGCAAUGCCAUUGUGGAACUACUCGCAGUCGGCUUUCAAGCUGCCACAGCCAGCCCCAGGAGAGAAGGCGAAGAACUACGAUGAGAUCUACGCCAAUACCAGACGAUUCGUGUUGAGUGAUAGCAAUCCCUACUUUAUGAAAGGUCCCGUCAUCUCGGCGAUUGGUGGCCCUCAUAUUGGGCCUGGCAAAGCAUGGCCUAUGGCUGCAAUCAUUCGGGCGAUGACCGCGUUCUCAACCUUGGAUUCACCGGCAGCAGGCAGUCUCGACAAGAUAACAAUGAAAGACAUCGAGGAAGAGGUGAAACAGCAGAUACGCAUGGUCUUAGACUCCACGGCCGGUACUGGGGUUAUGCAUGAGAGUGUUGAUUCGUUCAACGAAAACAGUUGGACGAGAGCGUGGUUUGGAUGGGCAAAUGGACUGUUGGGUGAGCUGCUGGUCAAGGUCGCCGAGGAAGACGAGAAGGCAGGAAGGAAUCCGGGCUGGCUAGCGGAAAGCUUUCAAUGA